AUGUCGUACGACGAAGCCAUUACUAAGCUCCUUGCUGAAGGAUCAAGAGCAUAUUCGUCGAAGAAUUAUGACUUAGCCAGUGAAAAAUAUGGUGAAGCUUGUGAGAAAUAUAGUGAAGACAAUGGUCAAGAAGAUGCUGAUCUAUUAUUGACAUAUGGUAAAGCAUUAUUUCAAAGUGCUGUUUCUAGAUCUGAAGUCUUUGGGGGUACUGCUGGUAAUGGUUCUAAAGAUGAAGGUAAUGAUGAAACGCGUAAAAAUAAGGAAGAGGAAGAGGAGGAAGAAGAAGGCGAAGAAGAUGGUGAUAAGUUUCAAUUUUAUGAUGCAGCACCAUUAGCUGAAGAAGAUGUAGCUGAAGAAGUUGCUGCAGAAGAAGAAGAACCUGAACAAGAAGAUGCAGCUGAAAUAGAGGAUAACAAAACUGGCGAAGUACAAGAGGAAGAAGAAGAUCAAAGUGACUUUGAAGUUGCUUGGGAAAUAUUAGAUCUUGCACGUUCAUUAUUUGAAUCACAAUUAGAAGAACAAAGUGAAAAGAAAUUAAAACCGCCAUAUCUUAAUUCAGAUAAUGAAGAAACUGAUAAUCCAUUCAUAAUCCUUACUAAGAAGUUAUCAGAAACAUAUGAUUUAUUAGGUGAAGUAUCAUUAGAAUCAGAAAAUUUCCCCCAAUCAGCCACUGAUUUAGAAAAUUGUUUAAAUCUUAGAUUGAAACUUUAUAAUCCAAAGUAUUCAUCAUUAAUUUCCGAAUCACAUUAUAAAUUAUCAUUAGCUUUAGAAUUCUGUGUGGAAGAUCCAAAACUGAAAUCUAAAUCAAUUGAACAAAUGAAAUUAGCUAUUGAAUCAGUUAAAUUAAGAAACGAAAAUGAAACUGAUGAAUUAAAAAAGAAAGAUAAUGAGGAGCUUUUAGGUGAUUUAAAAUUGAGAUAUCAAGAGUUACAAAGGGAUGAAACUGAUGCAUUUAAGGAAGAACAAGUCAAUAUAAUCAAAGGUAUUUUAGGUGAAGCCACUAGUGAUGGAAAUGGUGGUAAUAGUGGAAAUGUUGCAAGUCUGGUAGUUAACACAUUAAGUGUUAAAAAGAAAGUAGCAUCACCAGCAGUUAAUGAUUUAACUUCUAUUACUAAAAAGAGAAAAGCAACUGAUAAAAACUCCGGUAUCGAAAAGAAAACAAAGGAAGAGUAA